GAGUGGCUCUGUCUCAACUGCCAGAUGCAGAGGGCCUUGGGCAUUGACAUGACCACCCCACGCUCCAAGAGCCAGCAGCAGAUCCACUCUCCAUCCCACCAAGCCAAACCCAUAGUCCAGCCACCACCUGUUCAGCCAGCUCAGCCAGCAGCCCAGCCAAAACCCCAGCCUCAGCCCCAGGCCCAGCCCCCACCACAGUCAAAACCCCACUCCCAGCCCCAGAACCAACUCUACGGUCAAUCCCAGCCCUAUAGUCAAUCCCAGCCCCAGGCCCAGCCCUAUGGUCAAUCCCAGUCCCAGCCCUAUGGUCAAUCCCAGUCCCAGCCCUAUGGACAGUCCCAAUCCCAGUCCCAGCUCUAUGGUCAGUCCCAAUCCCAGUCCCAGCUCUAUGGUCAGUCCCAGCCCCAGUCCUUUGGCAAAACUCCACCCCAGCCCUAUGGCCAAUCCCAGCCUCAGCAACAGCCCUACAACCAAACUCAGCCCCAGCCACAUGGUCAAUCUCAGACCUAUGGCCAUUCCCAGCCCCAGCAACAGCCCUAUGGCCAAUCCCAGCCCCAACAACAGCCCUACAGCCAAACUCAGCCUCAGCCAUAUGGUCAAUCCCAACCCCAGCAACACCUCUACGGCCAAAGCCAACCUCAGCCCCAGCCAUAUGGUCAAUCCCAGCUCUAUGGUCAAUCCCAGUCCCAGCACCAGCCUCAGGCCAAACCCCAAGCUCAGCAUCAGCCACAGACCUCUCCUGGCCUACAGAGUCACCCUAUACCCGGCUCUGCUUCCCUGCCUGGGUCAACGACAAGCUCCCCCCAGCACAUCCCAUAUGGCCAGAGAGGGCCUGGAGGUCCCGGCCAGCCCCGGAUUCCCCAUCCUGGGGCAGUCCCCCUGGUGGGCAUGGCCAAGGCACCCUCCCAGCCAGAUCUGGGCCGAGGCUCCUCGCUGCACCAGAGCGGCCGCCAGGCCGCCAGCGCCGGCUCGUCGCCUUCCCAUCGGCCCGCCGCUCCCCAGGGGCAACCGCCCCAGGACGGCCUGACCAAACUGUUUGGCUUUGGGGCAUCGCUCCUCAACCAGGCAGCCAGCACCCUGGCCUCUGUGGACCCCCUCUCAGGGACACCAUCCACCCAGCCCUCCCCUGCCAGGGGUGGGCCUUCCAACAAACAACAAGGACCUCCUGGUGCCAAACCAUUCCAGACAGGUGGCCCUCAUGCACCCCAGACAGGUGGCCCUCAUGCACCCCAGACAGGUGGCCCUCAUGCACCCCAGAUUGGUGGCCCUCAUGCACCCCAGAUUGACAGGUGGCCCUCAUGCACCCCAGAUUGGUGGCCCUCAUGCACCCCAGAUGGGUGGCCCUCAUGCACCCCAGGUGAGUGGCCCUCAUGCACCCCAGGUGAGUGGCCCUCAUGCACCCCCGAUGGGUGGCCCGCAAGCACCCCAGAUUGGUGGCCCUUAUGUACCGCAAAUGGGUGGACCCCACACACCAACUCAGAUUGGUGGCCCGUAUGCACCACAAAUGGGUGGCCCACAUACAUCAACUCAGAAAGCACCCCAACAGCAGCAAUCACCUGUGCAUCAUCAGAAGGGACCACAGCAACAGCAGCAGCCGGCCAGACAGGAGCCCGUUCCCAACCUGGUGGAGCCCGAGAAGCCCAAAGUCAAAUGCCCCCUGUGUAAGACGGAGCUCAACAUCGGCAGCACCACUGAGCCGCUUAGCUACAACUCCUGCACCCAGUGCCACACUCAGGUCUGCAACCUAUGUGGAUUCAACCCCGCGCCUCACCUGGAGAUCCGGGGGAAUGUGACCCAGCCAGGGCUGCUUGUCCUUGGAGAAACUACUCCUGCUUGGUUUUCCAGGCCUGCUGCCUCUGUUUUGUGUGUGUGUCUGUUUGUGUGUUUGUAUGUGCAUGAAUGUGUGUUUGUGUGUGUGU